ACCCAUCCCGAGGCGUAUUCUAUAAAAACCCGUAAGCGCCCAAACUGCUUUAGACACCGCAAUUACAUUCCAACCUCGACCCCAGCCGGUUUCGACACGCAAAGCGACGGCGGCUCAUAGUUUUCCGGCGACCCAGAAGCGGUUUUCCGAUGCCGAUGGACACCAACAAAGCAAACGAUCAAAGCGGGCUCUGGACGAAUGAGAGGCACCUCAAAUUCUUGAACUCAAUGGAAGCUUCCUUCGUCCGAACCAUGUUUGAAAAUAACGGUCGUCCUCUCCGACUCGACCGUUACAUGCCGGACAGUUCCGAGUCCACCCUUGAUUUGAAAAAGGAACGACCGAGGAGACAUUCUACCUCAGAUAUUAGAGAAUCAAGAGCAAGGACUGACAAGAAAUCGAGAAAGCGCGCAUCACAGCCGUACACGUCAGAUCAGGUUGUCCCACAGCUUGGAAAAAUAGGAGUUGCGAAGGAAGAGAGAGACCACCAUGAUAUCAAGGUCGAGCCAACCACAUAGAAAGAUUCUUCCUUCUAGCAAGAAUUUAGAAGGGUUUUCUUUUCUUUUCUUUUCCUUUCCUUCCUUUUCUUUUCCAUUUGGUGGUAGUUAGCACUUCAAUUGUAGUUGUGAUUUUUAGUGGUAGGAGACAUCAGUAGUGACUUGUGAAAGGUGUACUAGAUAUGAGCAAAUUAGAAUGCUGAAUUGACUGGGUACCUUUCAAAUUGCAAUAAUGCAUUCUGGUGUUUUAAAACAGAUUUUUUUAAUGGCUCUAAAUUGUAUCCAAGUAUGGGUUUUGUUGA